UGUGAGUUGAUGUACCUGACGUCUCUCACUAUUGAUUCCACUGAACCUUGAUGGAAACGAAGCCUCAUGUUGAUCAAGAUAUCGGAAGUCGUUCAUCCGUGACGUGUAUUAACUUUGGCGAAUUAAGACCAAGACCCAGGGUGAAGAAAUAACACUUAUCCUCACAGAUAUUGACGGGGAUGGAUUAUUGAUCCAUAUAAAAAAACCUCUGAAGAAGCUUCCGGCGGACCUCGUUGACCUGGCAACAGUGCGUCCACGGAGCCACUGUUGCCAUGACGACCCUGACGGAGUUCGCACCAUUAGCAGGUUCCUGUGAGACGGUGUUCAACUUCACAAGUGAACUUUGCCCGAAUGAAGAAAGGAAAACCAGACACAGACAUGGAAGCAGCUUGCAAAGCAGAGGAAUCAAGAGUGGAAGCUUUGAGCCUGUCCAGGGCAGCAGAGCUUCCAGAGAGCACCAACUGCCUCACAUGUUCAGAAGAUGGCAGGUACCUCGGUCUGGGUCACUCCCAGGGCUUGUCUGUGUGGUUUACAUCUUCUCUGACCUGUGCUGCAGACUGGCUGGAGGACAGACUGGAAAUUACAUCUAUUCAGAUGACCAGUAUGGCAGAGACGGCAUAUCUACUGGGCACUAUUGAUGAUAUGGGUGUUGCCAGAGUCUUUGCUUAUCACUGUGACACCAUCCACCUCCUCAGUGUUGUUAACAUCAUGGACGACAUCAACAAAAGAAGCGUUUGCUUGACCUUUGAACUGUCUCACGGGGGACAGUACGCAGCAGCAACAAUCAGUUGUAACGGUGCUGUUUGGCUCGAAGUCCAUCACUUCCCCUCCGAGACCUGGGUGAAGGAGUUAGAGAUGGUGGUAUCACAGACGCAGGAACCCAUUUCCUCAGGAGACCUGGGUGUAAAAUGGUCUCCGUUGUCAGUGGCAACUAAAAUCAAGCCACCCAAAAUAACAGCAGGGACAACACUGGAAGGUCCACAUGCGGUGCAGGUGACUGAUUUUUUGACGUACUUCUCGGAUUUGGAUGUAGAUACCAGGAGUCACCAGGAGAAGGAACAGUCUUUCGAUACGAAUGCAGAAAAAAGAAAACAAACAAAUGAAAGCACAGGAUACUGCACCCAGCACUUUCUUCUGCCUUGUGCGCAGUUUCCUGGUGACCGCACAGCGAGGUCUCAGCGAGCAGGGUUGCCUGUUGCUGUCUGUGUGUGGUGGAUGGGUGGUCGCAAUCUUCUUCAGUAUUUGCUAAAAAAGGCACCAAAGAACGAACCAGACGUUGAACCUAUGCCAGAUAUGUUGUGGCCAAAUGCAAAGAAAAUCCUCUGCUCUGCUGUGAGUAGAUGCACCCGCUACAUAGCUCUGGGACUCGACAAUGCUCUGGUGUCUGUCUGGGACAGGCAAUAUGGGUCUCAACUGUCUGUCGUUUCGAUGUCCGCACCAGACUGUGCCAUCUCCAGGAUCCACUUUGCGGAUCACUGGCAUGUGUCCACUGAUGAAGUCCGUCUCUUGCUGGUGUGUAAGAGUGGAGCAAUUCACAGAGUCACCACAGGACGAGGGACAAAGUGCUGCACAACGCUGCUCACUGAAAGGCCAAAAGACAGUGGGGGCCUCCCAACUACCAGCGCUUCAGUGCCGUUCCUGCAGAGCACGUUCCUUGUGGUGCAAAGAAAUGGAAAAAUGUUCCUCCAAGAUGUCGUCAACAAAACCACAGUGCGCUGCUUGAUUCCCCCUGAAACUCAUCUGAUUGCUACUCCCUGCAGUCCUGUUUAUGCUUUGAACACUAAACGGCAAACUCUGUUCAUACGAGGUGAUCAGGACUCCAGCUACAGCGCGACCCCUAAAGAAGACGAUGGCCAGAGUCAUCUUCUCGUCUUCCAUUUUGGAGAGUCUGAUAUUCUCAAGCAGUUUAUUGUUUCCCCUCCAGACUCUCCACAGCAAGAAGAAACACAGAGCUUUGUCUCUCUAGAACAAACCUGCAACCUCUACCUUCAGCAAAGGGCACUCUCUGUGGAUGAGAGGAACACAGCUCUUGCACAAACAUGGAAGCAACUACAAGAAACUGCAGCAGAGACACAGCAGAGCUGCAGCUAAAUGAAACACUGCAACACAUGGUACAGUUAUAGUCAAUAUAUAAAAAACAGAGGCAAUUUUAGGCAGUGAUUUUGAAUGUGUCUGAAACGAAAAAAAAUUAUCUGUAAAAAUGUCAAAUGUAUGUUGCUGGAAGCUACCUCUAAUCUGUCUUUUAAAAGGAUGACUCAUCCUUUGCCUUUGGGGUCCAUGAAUGUUUCAUAUUUCAUGUUUUAAUGUCAAAAGAAAAAACAAGCUUGGACAGGCUGCAGAGAUGUAACAUUUUUAGGUUUAGCUUGACUUUGGCCAGUCAGUAGCAAAGAGACACAUGUGUUCUUGUGCAUCUAAACAUUCACAUGCUACUUAUACAGCUUAUAGUUAAAUAAAUAGGACAUUUUGACCCUACUGAAAACAUAAAUAACAAUAUAUCACUCAAUGUACAAUGUAAUGCCUACCACCUUAGAGUCAUGGCCAGAAACUGUGCUUUUCAGGUUUAUGUGACCAUGAGAAAGAGUUGUGGGCAGUAUUGAUUGCAGAGACCUCUAUUUUUAUGUGUGACACACUGAGAUACACAAGAGCACAAUCAACUACUAAAUAUUGUCCAUAUUUUUGGGGUCACAGAGUAACAGCAAUCUGAAUACAAAAUUGAUUAAAUGUGGUGAGGUUUGCUCAAACCGUCAGAAGAUUCUAACCUGUCAUCAGCAUAUUGUUCAUCUCCAACCAAUCAGCAAUGCGCAACUGUGUCAUCAGUCCUCAUUGUCUCCCUCUUUGUGUUUAGAUUGGUGACCAAACAAUGAUGGGAAUAUUAAAUUGUCUGUGCUCUUUUUGAAAAGAUUUAUCUGCACUGUUGCAUCAUUUGUUUUACCUCUUCACUGGUCGUAUCAGAUUAUACGUUGGCAUCUCUCUGUUACUGAUUUUAAUACCAGCUUGAAACAUCAUUUGAAUUGCUAACAGCGUUACUGUCCACACAUCAAUGAGAGCAUAAUGACAGCACAGGUGCUCCAUUCAGACAGCUUGGUAUGUGCUGCUGUCAACAUCAGUUAUCAA